AAGGGAGCAGCAGUACACGAAGCAGCAGAGCAACAUAGAUUUGCUCCCAUCUCGACUGAAACCUCACCUAACGAACACCAUAGAAGCAACAAGUACCACGAGAAGGAGCAGAACGGAUCGGAUCCAAGUAGAACCGGUGUCAGAGAGUGUGAUGGAUCAGGAAUCGGGUUGGGAAGAACUGAGGAAAGAAGCUCGCAAGAUCGAAGGAGAUCUUGAUGUUAAGCUCUCUUCUUAUGCUAAGCUUGGCGCCCGUGUCACUCAAGGAGGCUAUGCUGAUGCUGACACACCAACUAUUGGCUCCAACCGUUCAUGGAAGUCAAUGGAGAUGGAAAUACAGUCAUUACUUGAGAAGUUGCUGGAUGUCAAUGAUUCCAUGAGCCGAUGUGCUGCAUCUGCAGCAGCUACUACUUCAGUUACCCAAAAGCUAGCAAGGCACAGGGAUAUACUUCAUGAAUUUAGCCAGGAAUUCAGACGAAUAAAAGGAAACAUAAGUGCUAUGACGGAGCAUGCUGAGCUCCUAAGUUCUGUAAGAGAUGAUAUCAGUGAGUACAAGGCAUCUGGGAGCAUGUCACCGAGAAUGCAGAUACUAAGGGAGCGAGCUGCUAUCCAUGGAAGCAUAGCACAUAUGGAUGAUGUAAUAACUCAGGCUCAAACAACAAGGGCAGCAUUAGGGUCUCAGAGGGCCAUGUUCGGUGAUGUUCAAGGCAAAGUUAAACAACUAAGUGACAAGUUCCCCAUCGUUCGUGGACUAAUCGGGUCUAUUAGAAGGAAGAAAUCAAGGGAUACUCUCAUCUUAUCUGCUGUGAUUGCGGCUUGUACUCUGUUUCUCAUUAUAUAUUGGCUUUCAAAGUGACGUGAAAAAAAGCUGUGUUAUAGAAAGAACAAAUGCUUUUUUUAGAAAUUUUGAUGGAUACGAUUCUUUCUUCCACCUUUAUCUUGUAACUAUUUGCACGCACUUAUCAAGGUUCUAAGUGGCCACAGAUCUUACUUCUUAGCUGC